GUCGUGAAUUUCUUUCAAUGCUUGACUAAUAAAAUGCCUUUGUUUGAUACAGAGAAACAGAGUGAUAGAACAGAGCGUGGUGCUUCGACGAGCUUGCUUAUCAUCACAUACUCCGUACACAACGGCUUCUCGUGCUUCUGACUCUAAGCAAUGACACCAGGCGGCAGCCUACAACUAGCCCUGGUCAGCCUUAUCAAUUUUUCUUGCCAGAACAAAAUCUCCAUCGUGCGCGAAAAAUCUUACAGGCCCUACCAAGCAAGAUGAACGCCCAAACAGAAGUGGGGUUCAACCAGAAUCCACCACCUCAACAUGUCGAUACACUGCUACAUGUUCGCGUUGGCAAAGUCAAGCCUGUUUUUACAAUUUCCGAAAACUCAGCAAUAUUCAAAACGGCGCUCAUGUCACCUGUCAUGGUUAGAAAAUUAGGCUGUGACGGUGACGAGCAAGCCUACAAAUCUCACGGCGGUCCCGAUAAAGCUCUGAUGCAGUACGCCUCCCAGCACUAUGCUAUUUGGAAAGAAGAAAUUCCAGAGAAUGCACAUCUGUUCACCAUUGGAGGCUUUGGUGAGAAUCUGGUCACUUCGAAGAUGAGCGAGACUACGGUAUGCAUUGGCGAUAUUUAUCGGUUGGGGAAAGAGUUGUUGAUACAAGUCAGUGAGCCGAGGGCGCCGUGCUACAAGCUCAAUCAUCGGUUCGAGCUCAGGGAUAUGAGUUUGCGAAGUCAGAAUCUCAAUCGUACGGGGUGGUACUAUCGGGUUCUGCAGGAAGGGAUGCUGGAAGCUGGCGAUGAGAUCUUCCUCAUUGAGAGAAAACAUCCGCAGUGGACAAUCGCCAAUGUGCAGAAUUUCCUGUACAAGGACAUCGAAAAUGAGAAAGCUAUGAGAGAGUUAUCUUCUCUUUCAGGACUCGGCUUGGAAACCAGGACUAUAUUCUUGAACCGACUAACGAAGAACUUGUUCAAAGACGAUUCUGGAAGACUGAGAGGUGGAGAAGGCGAAGCUUUGCAGUGGACUCCUUACAGGCUUGUCGAGAAGCGAAAAGAGACGCCGAGAAUCUUAUCUUUCGUAUUUGAAUCAACGAUCCUGUCUGAUCUUGUCAUUGAUGUAAAGCCUGGUUCCCAUAUCCGAGUCAAGCUAGGCAAGGAUGGGAAGUUGGUGAGGGCGUACUCUGUUGUGAGAGGAGACAGCAACCGGUUUGAGCUGGGUGUUGCAUUUGAGAAGGAUAUGUCAAGAGGUGGCUCACAGUAUCUGCACGAGAAUGUUAAUGUUGGCUAUGGGCUUCAAUUCAGUGUCAUAAAGUACGACUUCCCGCUUGAUGAGGAGGCUGAUUCUCAUAUUCUGGUUGCUGGUGGUAUUGGCAUUACAGCGUUCAUUGAAAGCGCCAGAUAUCCUCAGGAGAAGAAGUUGGCGUAUCAUUUGUACUACGCGAUCAGAUCUUUGGAAGAUCUUGCUUUCAGACGCUACCUGGAACCGCUAUCUCCCAAUCUCACCAUUCUCGAUGGAUCGGAAUGUCAACGUCUCGACAUCCCUGGAAUUAUUGAGCGAGCCAAACCUGGCACCCACAUCUAUACCUGUGGCCCUGACCGACUCAUGUCAUCCAUCACUUCAACUGUACAAAAGAUGAACUUCCCCUUGGCAAACAUCCACUUCGAAACCUUCACCACAUCAACCUCAGGCGAUCCUUUCGAAGCCGAGUUGAUUUCGUCUGGGAGGGUUUUGGAAGUCAAGGAAGAACAGACACUAAUGGAUGUUCUCAGAUAAUCUGGAUUGGAAAUCGGCAGUAGCUGUGAGGUGGGAAACUGUGGGACCUGCAAGGUGACGGUUUGUAACGGGAAGGUGGAGCAUAGGGGAACGGGUUUGAUAGAGAGUGAGAAGGCUGGCUCGAUGUUGAGUUGUGUCUCCAGAGGUAUCGGGAGGAUCGUUACAGAUUUCUGAGAAUAGCCUGGUAUAUUAACAGUGAAUAUAUCAAGCGUGGUCUCUUGAUUGUGUAGAUCGACCCAUUUGGCGAUGUACACCUCCCUAGAGUAGAUUGGGUUAGAGUUGUUACCCAGAAGUUUUCGCAGUUACAAGAUAAUACACUAGCUCUGCC